AAUGAAAACUCAUAUCGAAGUGUCAAGUCAAAGAAGAAAGGGUAGAAGAGCUCAACUUGGUGCUCCAUCUAAUAUACGAUAUAAAUUAAUGAGUGCUCAUUUAUCAAAAGAUUUAAGAAAAAAAUAUAAUGUUAGAGCAUUACCAGUGAGAAAGGAUGAUGAAGUGACAGUAGUCAGAGGUAUGAAUAAUUUAUUAUGGAGAGGUACUCAUAAGGGAACAAAAGGAAAGGUUUCAUCUGUAUAUAGAAAGAGAUGGACAAUUUAGAUUGAGAAAUUGACAAGAACCAAAGCUAAUGGUAGAAAUAUAAAAUUAUAAUAAUAGGAAUGCCAUAUUAAAUACCAAUAAGAGCAUCAUAAUGCAUUAUCACUAAACCAUAUUUAAAUGAAGACAGAAAAUAAUUGCUUGUAAGAAAGGCAUCAGCUAAAGUGUCAACAAAAGGAAAAGGUGAUAAACAUACAAAUGAAACUACAAAGAAAGUUGAUUGAA